CACAUUUUAACCAUAAUAAAAGGGGUGGGACUUAAACAUCACCUGAGUGUGGUGUAAAUGGAAAUAGCGUCAAUCAAAGGCAAAGCUUUCAGAGCUAGGAAGGAGCUCUAGAUGGCGGCUGAGCCUUGGGAAGGGUGCCACGGGCUUUCGUUAGACCGUUUUUCUUGCCCGUUUUUCGACUGAAACCGCUUGAUUGUGAUAACAGUUUAAGGGCUUUGAUAGUACGGUCGGUGUUUUCACGAGAAUUUAGGCGUUUUCUGUGGUUUUUGGGCUGAUUUUUCGAGCCGAAUGAGCCGUCUGUGCUGGGGGAGUGCUUGUCGUUGUUUUCCAUACUGGUCUCUGGCAGCCAUGGCGCGCCUCCAUUUUUAGUGUGCUGCUCGCCUCUGUCGCUCUGAGUCUGACAGUAGAUGAAGACUUUAAAGGCCUACAAGCUUUUUGAAACAAAGCUCUUUAUUUGUAAAUUAUUAUGUUAAUUAUUUUCCUUUUACAGUUUGUUAUUUUUAUUCGAGUCGGAGAAAAACCUGCGACAGAGCGAACGUGAAUCUAAUAGUUCAUUUAUAGGUUACCACCUUUCUUCACAUUGAAUUGGUCUGUUUACAUUGUAUAGUGCAUAAUUUACUGAUUUUCUCAUUCUUAAAAUGUUGUUUUUCUAAUCCUUCAUGUGAUGACGCAGUUUGAAUUAAUUGCAUGCGGCUCCGUAGACUAUAUUGAAAGACAUAAGAUGGAUAUUCAUCGGAUUGUAUUACCACCUGUCAUUCUUCUUCGCUAUAUUUAAAUAAGCGAUGUAAAUAAUGAUACUCAAAUCUUUCAAUUUAAUGCCUUUUUUCUUAACUCGUGUCGCACCGCCUGGGUUUUAACUGCCACCAGCAAAGGCAGUCUUGUGGGACUUGUAUGAUAGUUCAUGCUUCCUCCAACUUUUUGACAGUAAAUACCAGGACAAAAGAUCAUCCUAUCAAAUAUUUCCAGGAUCAUACAAUGAUGAAGAAUAAAAGUAAAAAACAAGAGGAUGAAGGAUCGACUCAAAGCAAUGCAUCAAGCAAUUCGGCAUCAGAAGAAUCCAACCGCUCUGCGUCGGAGUCGGGGAGUCAGUCAGAGAGCGAGCAUGGCAGUGAGCAGAGGAGAUCCCACAACUCAGAGUCAAAUAGCUCCUCAGAAUCGGAGAGUCACUCAGAGUCAGAGAGCGAGUCUGCGGAGUCCAAAUCACAGCAAACCGCAGCAGACGUCAAAGACAAGCCAGUUAGAAAGAAGGAGCGUCUGGCGGAUGUGAAGAAGAUGUGGGAUGAACAUCCAGAUGUGUAUGGGGUCAGGAGAUCGAAUCGCAGCAGACAGGAGCCGGCUCGUUUAAACAUUGGAGCUGGGGGUAGCAGUGACUCAGAGAGUGAAAGUCCCAAGAGAAAAACGCCCAGAGCUAAGAAAAAGGAAAAUAUCUGGAAAGAUGAUGACUCAAAUGAUGAAGAGGAGGAGGAGGAGGAGGAGGAGGAGGCUUCCGACAGUACAGACAGUGAGCAGGAAGAGAAAAAAGUUAGAUCCAGACGACUUCCUGCUAGAAGACCUCAGUCCAAAUCAUCAGCAGCCAAAAAGCAACUAUCUCAAAAGGGAAGGAAGUCCAGGAAACAGGAGUCGUCUGCUGAAGAAGACGACGACGAUGAUGACGAAGACGAUGACGAUGAGGAAGACACUCCGAAGAGACAAACUCGAAGACGAGGUGCGACAAAAGUCAAAAGUUAUAAAGAAGACCAACAUGACUUUGAAACAGACUCCGAUGACCUGAUUGAAAUGACGGGGGACGCGGGCGAUGAGCAGCAGGAUGAUGACAGUGAGACAAUUGAGAGGGUUAUGGACACCCGGAUAGGCAAAAAAGGAGCCACUGGGGCUUCCACUACUGGGUAUGCUGUGGAAGAAAAUGGGGACCCGUGUGAAGGCUUUGACCCUGAGAAAGAUGAAGGGGAGGUUCACUAUCUGAUUAAGUGGAAGGGCUGGUCCUACAUCCACAACACAUGGGAGAGCAUGGACUCUCUGACGCUGCAAAAGGUCAAGGGACUGAAGAAACUGGACAACUACAAAAAGAAACAUGAAGAGCUCAGUUCAUGGUUGAGGAAGGCGUCCCCCGAAGAUAUAGAAUUUCAUAACUGCCAACAGGAGCUCACUGCUGACUUGAGCAAGCAGUUUCAGUUUGUGGAACGUGUUAUCGCGACAAGAACAGGAAAGGCACCAGGAACCUCUGACUUCCCCUCUCACAGUCACAAGACACCAUCCUCCAACGAGCCAGAGUAUCUAUGCAAGUGGAUGGGCUUACCCUAUUCAGAGUGCAGCUGGGAAGACGGCGCUUUGAUUGGAAAGAAGUUUCAGCACUGCAUUGACAGCUUCAUAAACCGAAACUCCUGUAAAACUGUCCCCUCUAAAGAGUGCAAGGUGUUAAAGCAAAGACCGAGGUUUGUUGCUCUGAAGAAACAGCCAUCAUAUAUUGGAGAUGAAAACCUUCAGCUGAGAGAUUAUCAGCUGGACGGGUUGAACUGGUUGGCUCACUCCUGGUGCAGGUGCAAUAGCGUUAUCCUCGCUGAUGAAAUGGGGCUUGGUAAGACCAUCCAGACCAUCUCCUUCCUGUCCUACCUGUUUCACCAGCAUCAGCUGUACGGGCCCUUCAUACUGGUGGUGCCUCUGUCCACGCUUACUUCCUGGCAGAGGGAGUUUGAAACCUGGGCCCCGGACAUGAACGUGGUGGUCUACCUCGGUGACGUAAUGAGCAGGAAAACGAUCCGUGACUACGAGUGGGUGAACCAUCAAACUAAAAGAAUCCGUUUCAAUGCACUAUUAACCACCUAUGAAAUUCUACUUAAAGACAAGGCGGUGCUUGGGAACAUCAACUGGGCGUUCCUGGGUGUGGAUGAAGCUCACAGGCUGAAGAACGACGACUCCCUGCUAUACAAAACAUUAAUGGAGUUCAGGUCCAACCACAGACUCCUCAUUACUGGCACUCCGCUGCAGAACUCCCUCAAAGAGCUCUGGUCACUGUUGCACUUCCUCAUGCCUGACAAGUUUGAUUCCUGGGAGGAUUUUGAGGAUGAACACGGGAAAGGAAGGGAUAAUGGUUAUCAGAGUCUUCACAAAGUCCUCGAGCCCUUCCUUCUGCGACGUGUCAAGAAAGAUGUGGAAAAAUCUCUCCCCGCCAAGGUGGAACAGAUCCUUCGCGUAGACAUGACAGCACAACAGAAACAAUUUUACAAGUGGAUUUUAACGAGGAAUUACAAAGCUCUUUACAAAGGCCCCCGAGGCAGCUCCUCAGGCUUCCUGAACAUUGUUAUGGAGCUUAAAAAGUGCUGCAACCAUAGUUUCCUCAUUAAACAGCCUGAGGAUGGAGAGAACGAAACACAACAGGAGCACCUGCAGAGUCUGGUGAGGGGCAGCGGGAAGCUGGUGCUGCUGGACAAGCUGCUAACCAGACUCAGAGAAAGAGGCAACAGAGUCCUGAUCUUCUCCCAGAUGGUCAGGAUGUUGGACAUUCUGGCUGAAUACCUCGCCAAGAAUCGCUACCCAUUCCAGCGCCUGGACGGGUCCAUAAAGGGAGAAAUCCGUAAGCAAGCACUUGACCAUUUCAAUGCAGAAGGCUCAGAGGACUUCUGCUUCCUGUUGUCCACCAGAGCUGGAGGUUUAGGCAUAAACUUGGCCUCAGCAGACACUGUAGUCAUCUUCGACUCUGACUGGAACCCUCAAAACGACCUGCAGGCACAAGCCAGGGCUCACAGGAUUGGCCAGAAGAAACAGGUGAAUAUUUAUCGACUGGUCACCAAAGGAACAGUGGAGGAGGACAUCAUCGAGAGGGCGAAGAAGAAGAUGGUUUUGGACCAUCUUGUCAUUCAGAGAAUGGACACCACUGGUCGCACUGUACUGGACAGCAACUCCGUAAACACAAAUUCAAACCCAUUCAAUAAAGAAGAACUGACUGCCAUCCUCAAGUUUGGUGCUGAGGAGCUUUUCAAAGAGGCAGAAGGAGAGGAGUCUGAACCUCAGGAGAUGGAUAUUGAUGAGAUCCUGAGGUUGGCUGAAACAAGAGAAAGUGACCAGGGCUCAAGUGCUACAGAUGAACUUCUAUCACAGUUUAAGGUAGCCAAUUUUUCCAGCAUGGAAGACAGCACUGCAGAGUUUGAUGGGAAGCCUACACGGGAAUGGGACGAAAUCAUCCCUGAAGAGCAGCGACGCAAAAUUGAGGAGGAGGAGAAGCAGCGGGAGAUGGAAGACAUCUUCAUGUUGCCCAGAAGCAGGAGCUCUAACAAGAGGGCUCAGGCCAAUGACAGUGACAGUGAUGUGGGCUCCAAGCUGAAGCGGCGCUCCUCUGGCUCUGAGAGCGAGACUGACGACAGUGAUGAUGACAAGAAGCCAAAGAAGAGAGGCAGACCGAGAGCCCGUAAAAACAAUGUGGAGGGUUUCACUGAUGCAGAGAUACGCAGGUUCAUUAAGGCAUACAAGAAAUUUGGAUCUCCACUUGAAAGGUUAGAGGCCAUCGCCAGAGACUCUGAGCUGGUUGACAAGUCCAUAGCAGACCUGAAGAGACUUGGUGAACUGAUUCAUACUAGUUGUGUAACCGCAGUGCAGGAGCAUGAGGAACACCUGAAAGAGAACCCAGUCGAAGCCAAAGGUCCUGGGAAACGGCGAGGAAUUAACAUCAAGAUCUCAGGAGUGCAGGUCAACGCCAAGACCAUCAUCCAGCAUGAGGAAGAGUUUGAGCCUCUGCACAAAGUGGUGCCCUCAGAUCCUGCUGAGAGACAUAAGUUCCAGCUGACGUGCAGGGUCAAGGUAGCCCACUUUGAUGUAGACUGGGAUCUGCAGGAUGACAUUCAGCUCUUGCUUGGUAUCUACGAGCACGGCUUUGGCAACUGGGAUCUGAUCAAGACAGAUCCUGACCUUAAACUCGCUGAUAAGAUUCUCCCAGAUGACCCAAGCAAGAAGCCUCAGGGCAAGCAGUUGCAGGCGAGAGCUGAGUAUCUUCUCAAGCUGCUGAAAAAGGAACAAGACAGUGCAGACCUGUCUAAAACAGGGGAGGAGGUCAAAGUGAAGAAGAGGAAGCCUCGGGUGAAAAAAGAGAACAAGAUUCUCAAGGAUGAGCAGGGCAACGACAUCUCCUCCCCCCGCCUGUCCGACAACCCGUCGGAGGAGGGCGAAGUCAAGGACGAUGGAACGGAUAAGUCCCCCGCCAAGAAAAGACAAAAGAAAAAGGAUAACAAAGAGAACAAAGAAAAACUGGGAACUCCUAAAAAGGAGAAGGACGGGGACAAAGAAAAAAAGGGAACAAAGCCCAGAAAAGAAAAGGCUAAAGCAGCCAGAGGGAAGAAGACUCAAGGUCCAGUUCACAUUACGGCUGGGUCUGAACCCGUUCCCAUUGAAGGAAAGGAGGACGAUGAACUCGACCAGGAGACUUUCAGUAUUUGUAAGGAGCGCAUGAGGCCGGUGAAGAAGGCCCUGAAGCAGCUGGAUAAACCAGAUGAGGGUCUGUCUGACCAGGAGCAGCUCCAGCACACUCGCACAUGCCUGCUGAAGAUUGGAGACAGAAUCACAGAGUGCCUUAAAGCCUACAAUGACCCUGAACAUGUCAAAAUAUGGCGAAGAAACCUCUGGAUAUUUGUGUCUAAGUUUACAGAGUUUGGUGCAAGGAAGCUCCACAAGCUUUACAAAAUGGCACAGAAGAAGCGAUCACAUGAGGAAGAGAAGGAGCAUAAGAAGAAGGAGGAUCCUGCAGGGAGGGUGAAGUCUUUCAGACCAGAGCCCUCUGGUUCCAGUAGAGAUUCCACGGGUACUCAGCCAUCCUCCAAAUCUGCAUCUCACCAGUCAGGCUCCCACGGACACCACAGAGAGCCGUACAACGCGGCUAAUAAGCGGCACUUUGGCAAUGACGAUAGGGGAGACUGGCAGAGAGACCGUAAAUACAGUUACCCAGGCAACAGCAACCAGUCAUGGCAGGGAGACCGACAUCAUCCCUAUGAUCGCUACAAGGAUCACUACGGUGAUCGACGUUCACAUGGAGACUCCUACCGCAGCUCAGGCGGUUACCGCAACAACAACUCCCCUCGAAAAAGGCCGUAUGAGCAGUACGGCAAUGACCGGGACCACAGGGGUCAUAGACCAUAUUACGACAGGCAUCCAGACCCCAAAAGGAGACGCUCUGAUGAAUUCCGUCCCAACUACCACCAGGGAAGAGAAGGUGCUGUUCAGGACUUCAGGAGGCUGCCAGAGCACAGGCCAACAGGUCCACCUGGGCCAGAGCACUAUAGCAGGCCCUUCCACCCUGACAAACCUCCUUCGCUCUUGGACCCUCGCUCCCCGCAGGCUCAGAAGUCUCCCCAGGACUCCCGCUCUCCGCCUGAGCGUUCCGCAGAGCCGAACGCCUCAGCGGAUCCUAACUGGAACAACAGGAAAACAUAAAGUAUGCCAGUGCUGGCUGAGAAACUGAUCUGGAUGUUUGUCCAGGGUCAAAGCCUCUUGCUGCUAAUGGACAAGUCUGGAAUCAUAAGCUCACAGUUGGAAAGGGAAUCAACGUGUACGGUCUUUACCAGCGAAACUAUUUUGCUCUUUUCCCUCAAGUGACUGUGGCUGUGAAUGAUUUGUACCCUGAAGGAAGAAGUUUGUUUCCUUCUGUCAUCUUUAUGAUGAAUUACAAAACUUAAAGCAUCUUUAUUUAAAUGAAUUAACUCGAUCAGUCAACCAUGACUAAGACAGAGUGGAACACUGAUGGAUGCUUAGUCCCAUGGACUAUUAUCUAAGGAGAAUUUAGGAUACAUGAACUGAUGACUGCUCUCAAUCCUAAAAGUGCCUGAAGGUUUUUGGCCUUUCUGAAUGGUAAAUGUAUGGGAUUAUUCCCAAAGGAAGCAUGACAUGGACAUUGUUUUUUUUUUUGUGUUGAGCUUUAAGUCUUGCAAAUGAUGUCAUUAAGAAGAUUUCGAUACAAAAGAAUGUGUUAUCAUCUGCACCUUUAAAAUUGUUUAUCUUUGAACAUGUAGCUGAACUGAAUCAUGGAGCGUCCCCAUGUGGGUUAAAAUGGUGGUGUGAUGGGCCCGCCAGAUUGUUCAGGAAGUUGAAUGAUCCAUCAAAGCCAGUAUGUUUCCUCUAAACACUCAACACACAAAGUUUGAAAAGGUUUUUAGCGUAUUCAUGUUUCUCGUGUGUACAAAUCAUAAAUUCUGUAAUGGUGUAGCUAUAUAAAUCAUUGCAAUCCUCUUCCUUUGUUCACUGUAACCACUUUCCUCUUAGUAGGCCCGAUGAAAUGGAAGCUUUGUAAGCAGUAUUUAUUGCAACAACAUGUGCAAAGGCUCAUAACACUAUGACUUAAAACUAUCCUUUAGUUUUGCCCUUCAGUAUUAUGAUGGUUAAAAUGGUACUUCAGUGUAGUUUCAUUAAGUCACCCGUCUUUCCACCUACUGUAUGUAAGUAUUCAAUUAUGUCUGAAAAUACUAUAUGGUAAAAAACAAAAAAAAUUUCUUUACUUAUCUAUGGUUUGCCAUUAUUACUGAUUGACAGAUGUUGUUGAUAGGUUGUUAAAGGGUUAUCAGGAAGUUGCUGAUGACAUUUCAUGUUUAAUACCUUUGGUCACUCUUUUCCUGUGCCAAAUCUGGUCCAGCUUGGGCCCUCAGUAGUUUUUUUUUUUUUUCCUUUUUUUUUGUUGUUGUUAUGCUUCUCCAUUUGUGCCUUAUUUAUGUGUGUAUUAUCAUACUGUAUAAUGGUUCGUGGACAGAAGUGGGGUUUGAUAUAGGCAGGUUGGUGUAUGAGUAUUACAGUCACAUUUUAAGGAGAUUGCUUUGACUAAAUAAUAAUAGGUGAAGGGACCAUGCAUUCUGGCAAAUCAUCAUGUGGUUCUGUGGUUUCUAUUGGAGUUGAUGAUUUGCGAGGAAAAUAUAAACAUAAAUAUACAGAAAUCAUGUGUUUCGUCCAGGGCACUUCUGUUACAGUGAACAGCCAGCACAUCUUUUCUUCCACGUUAAGCAAGCUACAGUUCCUGUAUCAUAUGUUCUUUGAGAAAGUCUAAAUAAUUUAUAUUUGUGACAAAACCACUCUUCAUGAGAAAUGUGCUGUACAUAUGUUUGGACAUAUGUAAUAAACUUUGUUACACAAUG